GCUUUCCGAACAGCCCUCGCAUUCCCACGUCGUGGUAUUUAACGAACUGCCGUUAGAGAACCAAGCAGAAAAGAAAUAGUUUUCUACAAUUGUGUAUUCUGUUUUAAAGUGAUGCCGAAGUAACUCUAAAUAAGUUAUUAAAGGUUUCACAGUCCAGCCACAUAAAGGUGUAAUCAUCAAGUUUGGCGUGUAACAUUUCCAGUAGCAGGUUUUCAUGUCUACAUUUACUUCUCUUUGUAAACUAGUCGUUGGAACAGCGUCUGAUUUUCUUUUUUUCCAUAAACACAGUGCCAGAGUCAAUGUUAGAAAUGCUUCAUCAGCAUUUUUGGCCACUAUCACUACAGCCAAAAUACUCACAAAAACGAACAGCGUCUGCUACAGAGUGAGGUUAAACCGACAAACUUUGUUUGUACGUGUUGAGGAUAGUUUACCAAAUCUGCAGCUACGCAGUAGAGUAUUUGACAAACCAGUUUGCUCGUUUACGGGCCUAGCAGCAAGUCUCGACAACAUCUUCUCCCUAUAUUUUAACGUCCUUGCUAGAACAUAUAUCGACUGGUUUAUCACGAAUGUGAUCUAUGGCAUAAUUCUAGGGAAUAGGUCAGGAAUUUGGAACCAAUUUCUUAAGAUGAGUGACCAUAUUGCAGCAUAUACGGAGAAGACAGAGGCACUGGAAACUAGAAAGAGAGCUUUAGAUGAAGAUGAUCCUCAACCAAAUGUAAAAAGACAUCUCACUGAGAAAGAGAGAGUAAAAAGAAAAAAAGUUGCAAUGUUGGUAUCUUAUUCAGGACAAGGGUACCUUGGCAUGCAAAGAAAUCCAGGAGCAAAGACUAUUGAGGAAGAUUUGCUAACUGCUAUGUUAAGAGCUGGUUUUAUACCCGAGGAAGCUUUUACAUCACCACAACAGAUACAGUUUCAGAGGGCAGCACGCACAGAUAAAGGUGUAUCAGCAGCACGCCAGAUACUCUCUCUUAAAUUACCUGAAGGUGCCAAUACCAGCGAUAUCAACAAGCAUUUGCCAGAUCAGAUCAGAGUUUUUGCUAUAAAACGCACAACCAAAGGUUUCAACAGUAAAAGUGCCUGUGAUGCAAGAACAUAUUCAUAUACACUGCCAACAUUUGCCUUUAUGCCUGCUGGUGAAGAAGUGUCAGAAAAUUUCAGAGUUUCUUCAGCUAUUAUUAAUAAUGUCAAUUCAGUGCUGAAAAUGUUUGAAGGAACACACAAUUUUCACAAUUUUACAUCAAGAAAGAAGCCUUUGGAUCCAAGUGCGCAUAGGUAUAUAAUGAACUUUGUUUGUGGUGAACCAUUCACCUCAGAAAAUAUGGAAUUUUGUACUAUAAAAAUAAAAGGACAAAGUUUCAUGUUGCAUCAAAUAAGGAAAAUGAUAGGAUUAGCAGUGGCAGUUUCAAGAGGUCAUACGACAAUAGAAACAAUAAAUAAAUCAUGGAAACCAGACAGGAUAGAUAUACCAAUGGCUCCAGGAGUGGGCCUUGUGUUGGAAGAAGUACAUUAUGAUCGCUACAAUAAACGCUAUGGAAAUGAUGGCCUUCAUGAACCACUAACAUGGGAUGACAUUGAGAAAGAACUGAUCACAUUCAGAGAAAAAUACAUCUAUUCAGCUAUUGUGAAUACAGAAAUCUCUGAGAAAUGCUUUUUGAACUGGUUGUUAACUCUUCCAUAUCAUAGUUAUGACAUUCGUAACCAAAAUGCAGAAUUGGAUAACUCAUCACCUAUUAGUGAAGUGUAUAAUAAAAAUGAAAAAGUUGAUGAAUCAACACUAAAAACUUCAAAUUCAGCAUUUGUAGCGGACAGUGAAAAUGCAGAAGUGAUAGCUCCCUCCCUUAAAAAUAGUUCCAAUGUACCCAAUUGCAUUGUAGAAGAGAAGAGUUAAUACAUUGCUGUAAUUUUAUUUUUGACAAAA